AUGGAUUUCAUUCUCACCACCAGAAGAGCUGCGGAACGGCUAAACGAUUUAGAAAUACCGAAAAAGGCACAAAUCAGUGCCGAUGAAGAUAAAAUUAAUACAAUUUUAUGUGAAAAGAAUUCGAAAAACUGUCAACAUAACGAUCAUCUGUCAUUCUCUCAUAUAUCACCAAAGUCCAGCAGCAAUAACUUGGCAAUAGAUCCUGCCACAUAUUUAAGCACAUCACGACCCAUGCUAGAAAGUACAAUUGUCGACACUUCGUCAGUACCAGCACCUCAAGCGGAACUGCAUCGAGAUGAAAACGAUACCCGCCAGCAUUCACGUGUAGAGCGUUCAGCAUUUCCUAUACUCAAUGAAAACUUUCCAAAAUCCAGUCCCAAUGACGUACAUUUUCCAAACGAUAUCAAAGUUGCAGAAGCAGGUCGCUAUUUUCAAUAUAACAUUAAACCCACAGGUACACAUGAUAUGCAAACAGAGAGCUUGGAAAGCGCACAGCGUACACGUGCUGGUAAGACUUUAAGUUCAGCUACUUCGGCAGCGACCACAACAAGUUCUUUUUUAUUGAAUGGGGGCCUACGACCGAUUACGUCGGGGUCCCCAAUCAAUCCGACGAGCAGUACUGCUACCUCAAUAGUGGCAAGUGCGACGGCGUUACCUCAUAAUCCGCGUCAAAAUCCAAAUCCCGAUAUUCAAGAUAUUAUAACAGGUAUAGUGAAAUUAUUGAAUGGCAACGUUAAUGUACACGCGAAUACACAAGGUUUACGUCGACCAGUUGCUAGUCGCAUUAAUAAUCGUGGUCCACCUAGAAUAUCAGAAGUUCAGACCUUACCAUUGGAUUAUGAAGCUCAAAAACCAGUCGUAGCUAGUUCUAUGCGACCACCACCAUUCCCGUUUGAUAGACCGGAUAGACCUUUUAUAACUGGUGUACCCAUACCGGAGCAAAUAGUACCUUAUCGUCCUGGUUUUGUUAGUAAUCGACCGCCAUGGCAUCGUAAUAAACCUAGACCACCGAUAACAACAUCAAUUGGUGGUAGGCGUCCUAUUCCACAAUAUAAACCAUUGCCUUCAUCACAAAUGAAUCCACCUCCUGUCGAAGCUGAUUCACAAUAUCCAACACAUGACCAGCAAAUACCACAAGUACCUGCAAAAGAGUCCGAUGAUGUGGAUACACCAACAGUUUCGGAUUACAAUGACACACUAGAGAGUGCUAAGCCUACUGAUACCACAUACGACUCAGACUUUUCCAAUGAAGAUAUUAAUACGCAAUAUAUAGAAGUUUCCGAUCAAGAUACUGACAUAGUAGCUGCUAAUGAAAAUGAUGAAUUGGAAGAAAGUCCACAAGCACCACCUUCCCCUCCUACCAAAAAAACCGAACCAGUACAUAAAAAGAAACCCAAUAAACAAAAGUUAAAUGACAAGAAAAAAGUGAUUGCUGACGAACCUUCCAAUCAAAUUGAAUCAACUGCAGCUUCCGAAACGCACAUGCAAAUGUCAUCCACUUAUAUACCCAUGCCAGUAGACGAUAUAGAUGGUAUAGAUAUUGAUCCAUCUGCUGAAGAAGUAAUUUUCAUGAUACCAAACAAAACACCUUCAUUGGAAUCACAAAUCACCACUAGUAUCAGUUCGAAAUCUGUUAAUAUUGCCAGCAGUACAAGCAUUGAAACAUCUGCAAUAAAUGUGAAAAAACCAACUGAAACUAUCAGUUUACUAAGUAACUCGGAGCUAAAGAUUAAUAUUUUACCAACACCAUCCAACUUCAUUCCCAUACCCUCCACUACCACUAACAUAAUUACCACUACCACCACUACUGCAAUAAUUACUACUACCACCUCCACUACAACUACUGAAAAAUUGCCCACCCAAACCAAUCCAACAACAACGCCGCAACCAGUAACACCCUAUCAGCCUCGUCCCGGUAUUGUGCUAGAUGAUCCUGAAUUUCAGCCCGGCGGACGACCUCGUCCCCAAAGACCACAACAAGCACGUCCACCAGCACCUCAACAACCGCACAUACAGCCAACAAGACAGCAUCUGCCACCGGGCUAUGGUGAGAUUUUCGAUGUGACUUUAUCUGCUAUACAGGGUCCAGGCUCCGGUGGUGGCUCUCAGCACACCAUAAAUAUAAAACCUUAUGGAUCUUACGGCAGCAACGGCUUACAGCAAAAUCAAGCUGAUAUCAUUGUUUCUGCCACAGGUGAAGAAGGUUUUGUUUCGAUUGAUGGUAAACGUACUUACAUAAAUCUUUUUGGUGACCCUACAGAUCCACCAGCUGGUGCACAAGUGCCAAGCACUCCGGCUACAGCUAUACCGCAAUUGCCAGGCAGUAGUAAUGUGGGUGGUAGUGGAAACACGGGUAGUAAUACUUCCGGAAAUCAAAACACGCACACUGGUAUUGGUGCCGGAUAUGCUGUACCUGAGACUGAAGUUGUUGAGUUGCAGCCAACGAAAGCAGAAAAUUCAAAACCAAAUGCGCAACCGCAACCAGCAACAACAAAUUCUGGACCAACUCGACCACAUUACAGACAACGUACUACCCAACCACCUGUACGUAUAGAUACUUGCAUUGUUGGUGACGACUCCACAUGCGAUCAAGCACAACAUGAGCAUUGUAAAACGGAAAAUGGUGUAUCAAGUUGUCAUUGUCGUCCAGGUUACUCCCGUCGGAAACACCGCGAGCCUUGCCGAAAAGUGAUUUCAUUUUAUUUGGGCAUGCGUGUGGAUCGCAUCUAUGAGCAUAGAAUUGUAUGGGAUAACAAACUUCUCGAUCUCAACAGUGAACCUUAUGGGCAACUAAGCUAUGAAUCUAUUCGAGCAAUUGAUUCUGCUAUGUCGAUGACACCAUAUUCAGACGAGUUCAUGGAGGCAAAAGUUAAUAACAUUUACCGUGGUGAUCCAAACCUUGGUGGUAGUGGUGUUUUUGUGAAUCUAACAAUAAAGCUUGAUGAAAGUGUUGAAACCUUACGUCCCAAUUUACGCAGCGAUGUUCAAAAACAUUUGCUUGGUGUCUUACAUCGCCGCAACAACAAUAUCGGCAAUUCAGUACUAUACGUCUCCUCUCCAGAAGGUGCAGUGUCUCCAUUGCAAGAUUUAGACGAAUGUCAAUCGCAUGAACUAAACGAUUGCCAUGAGAGUGCAAUAUGUACGAACGCUUGGGGUAGUUUCCGUUGUGCCUGUGAAGUCGGUUACCGGGAUCCAUGGUUAGAUCAACCACAGCGUGCUGGUCGUGAUUGUCAAUCUUGUCCGGAUUCUUAUUGCAAUAAUCGUGGCACGUGUAGUUAUAAUGAUGAUGGAAAUCAAAUUUGUGCCUGUGAUGGCAGUCACUAUGGUAGCCAAUGUGAAAUUGAUGGCGAGGUUCUGGGAGUAGCAAUUGGAGCAUCAGUUGCUGCUGUUAUUAUAAUCGUAUUGACUUUAGUUUGUUUGAUUAUGUGGUCACGUAGAUGGCAACGGGAACAGAAGAAUGCUAUGGGUUCGCCAGUAUUUGGAUAUAUGAAUACAGCGCCGCUUAAAUCGGCAGGUAUAGCACAACCUGGUUAUCAAGUAACGCUUGAGGAUCGCAUGCGUUGGGCACAAAUUGCAGAUGUUAUGGCGCAAACUAAUCACUACGGGGCUGAACCAAUAGGUCCAACCCGACCAUCGUCUGCUAUGUUUGCAUAUCCAAACUUGCAAGCCAUGGGUAUGGGCACUAUAGGUGGUAUGUCAAUGCAGGGAACUAUGUUGCAUCAAAAUGCGAAUCUCGCUCCCCCGGUGCCAUUGCCACGAAGACUGGGACUUGGCGUACGUUCAAAUGGCAUGCGUACACUUGAAAACUCAAGCUCAAGUGAAGAGGAAGAUCGAACAGAUUUAUUAGGUCGUAAUUUUCAAGUACCACGCCCAAAGAGUAGAAGUAACGGAAGUAUAGCGAAUCAAUCGGGCAUCUAUUAUGAUGUAGAUUAUGAACCGUCCGGAAAUGGCAUCGGUAAUACGAGCGUUGAUCAUCUUUAUGGUUCACAAAAUCAGUCAUCAACACAUUCACAUAUGGGAAAUAGUCAUAUACCUGGUCCACAAGGCAUACCAAUGAGCACAUAUACAUCUGGGCGUGCGCCGAGCAGUUACUAUAUGAAGUAGUAGUCCAUUUGAAAUAUUAUUGGAAUAUUUUUGUGAUUCUAUUGAAUAUAUAUAUAAAUCGUGCACAUAUUUUGAAUGAUUUGAAAUUAGAUUUAUAAUGUAAAAAUAAGGAUGAAAUUAAUGAUGCAGAAAUAUGGCUAACAAGAGAAAUCGAAAUCGGCGUUGAUCUAAUAAUAUUGUUUAAAUUUGAAAUUAAUAAAUUCCCAACUAAAGAAAAUAUUAUUUUACUCAUAUUAAGAAAUCUU